AUGCAGCCGUCUACAGCGGACGCAGUGUGGACCACCGAGGAGCUUCAGAGGUUUGUGCAGGAGGCGCGGACUGCGGACCCAAGGCACUUCAAGAUGGAUCAUGAGCUGGCUGAGGCGAUCACCGCCGCGACGGACAAGGUGCGACCGGGAGUGCGGGUGACCCGUGCGGCGCUAGAGCUGCUGACCGAGUUGGCGAGCGCACCCACGGCGGGGGGGGCGCUGGCGGGAGUUCUGCAGAACCUGGACGAGAAGCACCGCCGCCGCGCGAUAGCUGUGGAGGCGGCGGUGGCAUACGCGCGGGCGGUCGAGGCGGCGGAGCGAGCGGCGGUGGAGCCAGUAGUCACGGUUCCAGCUGCGGAGCCGGCGGCUGGCGCGGCAGGCGCGGCAGGCGAGCCUCGAGAACAGGGUUUGGCUUCCUCGCAGACGAUCGUUCCGCCGCUGGCACCGCGCACUGAAGCGCUCGCGGCGUCCGAGCCGGGGCGGACGGCAGCGGUCGCGACGGAGGCGGAGGGCUUGCGUCUGCACCUCUCGAGCAGCAACAGCACUGGCUAUAGAGGUGUGUACGAAGACUCUGGCCGCUUCCAGGCGCAGCACUGGGUGGACGGAAGGAAUGCCUACCUCGGCACCUUUGGCUCGGCGGUGGAGGCGGCGGUGGCGUACGCGCGGGCGGUCGGCGAGUACCAGCCUCCGCCAGUGGCUGCGGUGACGGCGGCCGAGGGCUUUCAACUGCACAUGUCCAGCAGCAACGCCACGGGCUACACGGGCGUGAGCUUGGAGAGGGGCCGUUUUCAGGCAAGGCGCGUUGUGAACGGAAGGCAGGUCUACCUCGGCGUCUUCGGCACGGCGGUGGAGGCGGCGGUGGCGUACGCGCGGCACGGUCGCCUACGCGCAGCAGUGGAGGCGGCGGUGGCCUACGAGGCGGCGGUGGCGCGGCAGCCAGAGGAGGGCGAGGAGGAAGAGGAAGAGGGCGAGGCACCGGCGCCGGUGGUGGAGGCGGAGGGUUUGCAGCUGCAGCCGGAGGCGGCAGCGGAGGAGGCGGUGGAGGUGGAUGUGGCGGUGAUGGUCGCGGUUGACGACGAGGAGGAGGAGGGCGGCGCGGUAGAGGCGGUGGAGGUGGUGGAGGCGGUGGCGGCGGAGCUCGAACGUGCGCAAGGCCAGCUGCGCGACUGGCUCUCGGCGCCGGUGGUGGCGCCGGCGGAGUCGCAGGCGGGCCAUGGGUCAGCCGCCAGCGUCGUGGGGCAGGAGGGCAUGAUGGCUGGGGCGGAGGCGGAGGGCGGGGAGGAGGGUGAGGCGGCGGUUGGGCUGGUGACGGAGUCCGAGGGCUACCGGCUGCACCUGUCCUCAACAGGCUCCACGGGCUACUUGGGUGUCUUCCGCCGCGAGGAUUGCGGCAGACUCAAGUUUGUCGCGAUGGUGAGCUUGCACGACGGGCAUCGCAUGCGGCUGACGUACCUCGGCGUCUUCCCCACCGCGGUGAAGGCGGCGGUGGCGGUCGCCAAGGCGAAGCUGCAGUCGUCCUCCGGCGGGCCUUCCUCAGCAGUCCAGGUGGGGCCUGUGCCUACAGCGCCGCCACGGCGGGCACCGCUCGUGGCUGAGGCGGAGGGCUUGCGCUUGCACGUCUCCAGCCGCAGCAACAACACCACCGGCUACACCGGCGUGGUCAAGCACGGCUCGCGCUUCAAGGCGCAGGACAGGCGGGACGGAAAGGCUGUCUCCCUCGGCACCUUCGACACGGCGGUGGAGGCGGCGGUGGCGUACGCGCGGGCGGUCGGGCAGGCUCCUGCCCAGGGGUCGGCUGCGGCCGGCAGCGAGGCGCUCGACUCGGACGAGGGCGAGGGCGAGGUGGUGGCGGUCGGCUCGGGCGAUGGAGGGGCGGCGUUGGGCGGGCUAGCUGCGCUGCAGGCCAGAGCUGCGGAAGCAUUGCAUAGGAUGGGCGGGGAUCUCCCAAGGCAUGAGCCGUGA